GUGCGCGGUUGUAAGAAUGAUGUCAUGGGCAGAUUACCAUUAACUUAUUUGCUGAUUUUUUCUUUUUCCAUGUGCAUUUUUUCAUUGUCUCUUGUACUCAACUCUUUCUUUUGUUUCCAUAAAACUCAAUGACUAGCCGUAUGCAAUUCACACAAUUUCACCGCCCAUCGAUUGCCCGGCACGCCGUGAUACAUCCAAACGCCAACCUUCAACGUCGAUCAUUGACCACAGCUAACGGUGGUAGCGGUGGCCGGGGCUCGGGUGUAGCCAUCGCCGGUCUUUUGUUCUUGACAGCAGCGGGCGUGGCCUAUUACAACUAUGCCAAAGAGGAUCGAGAAUUCUACGGGCAAGAAGAUCCUCGGGAUGCUGCACGUAAAGCUUCUCAGCGGAUCGAGCAUCGUGCUGACGUAGUCAAGGAUAGUUUGAAAGAUGAUCUUCAAGAUGCUAGACGUAGCAGUGCACACGCUCUGGAGGACGUUCGUGCCGCCAAGGAUAAUCUCGCCCACUCUGCUUCCGACUUGGGUCAUGCUGCUCAGCAAGCCUACGGUGGUAUGCGAAACACAGCUGAGAAAGAAGGCCAGCGCUUGGUGGAUACGAUCAAGGACGAGACUCAUCACGUUGUUGAUUCCGCGAAAACCAAUGCAGCUCACGUACGUGACAAAUUGGAUCGCGACGUCCAAGAAAUCAAGAGUGAGACCGAGAGAUUCCGUGUGGAACAUCACAUGAAGGAUGGAAACCGACCUUCGGAAGACGUGCUCGCCGACACACGCGACUAUGUUCCCGGUAGAACAGGUGGCAUCCCGAUUCGCAGUGGCAAAAGACCCGAGGGUGACGAAGCGGGACCGAGAAGAGAAGGCACUCGACCUGGCUGGUUCAGCUUUGGCCGCGGUGCAAAAGAAAUGGCCGAUGAUGCGGCCGAGAAAAGCGUACACGAUAUGAAAGAAGCGGACGCUUACUGGCAGAAAACGAAGCAAUCUGCAAAAGAAAAGGCUGAAGAUGCCGAGAAAAGCGCCAAACGUACUUGGUCUGGCGUGAAGGAGCAAGCUCAUGAAACGGCCGAAGAAGCCAAGGAAAGACUCCGACAAGAUGCUAACCGUGCCGAGUCCUACUGGCAAAGCGGCAAAGACAAAGUCAAGGAUGAAACCGAGCGAUUGAGUCGCGAAGCCAGCGACCGUGCACGUGCAGCGGGCGACAAGGCGAAACACGAAGCCGAAAAGGCCGAAUCCAGUUGGUUCAACUUCAAGUCGGAAGCCAAGGAUACGGCCGACGACGCCGCCAAUCGAGCAAAGCAAGAAGCCAAAAAUGUCGAAUCGAGUUGGGAAAACUUGAAGCAAAAUGUCGGCAAUGAAGCCAACCAGCUCAAGAACAAGGUGUACGAGACGACCGAAGAUGUCACUGGACGCUUGAAACAAGAAAAAGAUCGCCUGGAAGAUCGUUGGGAUGCCACCAAACAAGAUGCAGAACAGUGGGCCGGUUCAAAGAAGAGAGAAGUAGAAGGCUACUGGAACGAUGGCAUGCGUGCUACCAGAACCGAAGCGGAUGAGGCGCGAAAAGAUGCGAACCAAGCCAAGCAAUGGUUCCGCGAAGGCGCUCAAAACGUAGAAAUGAAAGCCGAUAAAUUACUUGGCAACCGACAUGAUCGAUCCGUGAAUAUGCAAGAUCAUGUUCGACGUGGUGAAGGUUGGGCUGAAGAAGAAGCCGACAACUUGCGCCCGACGCGCCCUGGUGCGACUUCCACGGGAAGAGCCACCGGUCAUCGUGAUAAUGCUCAUUACCGACCUGCUGAAGUCGUGGUCUCUGAAGCUCGAGCGUAAUUGUUCAUUCGUCAUUGUAAAACAUUGUACUCUUAUGUCCAAAGAUAAAAUCAUGAUUCAUAUUCUUAUUUUCGUCUCCUGCGCAGGAAAAAAAACGUG